CACAGAGGAGAGUAACCCACAGUGCCUUACUAGAGAUUGUUGCCAGGAACGUGGUAAUUAGUGGGUAGUUGUGGGCACUCAUGGCGUCGCAGGACCACCAAGGAAACAAGGACCCCACAAAGACCUACAGAACCGAUGGACCUCCGACCAUUGCUAUAUCUUGCCCUGUCCACAGCAACACCGCUGAGGACACAAAGCGGAACGGACUGAGGAAAGGCCUUGUGAGACAUCGGGACUACGUCAAAAUCUCCGUGCCAGAUGGGAAAGGCAACAGAUUGCCAUUAGAAUGGUGGAAGACGUUCAUUGCUUUGUUUUAUGCCAUUUUAAACCUGGUUCUGACCACGUUUGUGAUCACAGUGGUCCAUGAGAGAGUGCCUCCCAAGGAGAGCAGCCCACCCCUGCCGGAUAAGUUCUUUGACUAUGUAGACCGUGUAAAGUGGGCGUUCACAGUGACUGAGGUCAAUGGAAUGGUUCUGGUGUCCAUCUGGUCCAUUCAGUGGCUCUUUCACAGCUACAAGGCUAUUGUGGGAAGACGAUAUUUCUUUCUGCUGGGCACAUUGUACAUGUACAGAUGCAUCACCAUGUACAUCACCACUCUACCUGUGCCUGGCAUGCACAUGGUCUGUGCCCCGAAGCUGUAUGGAGAUUCCCAGGCAAUGCUGCAGCGUGUCCUGCAGUUAAUCUCUGGUGGUGGAUUAUCGAUCACUGGCUCUCAUCUGCUUUGUGGAGACUUCCUGUACAGUGGCCACACUGUCAUGCUUACGCUUACAUACCUCUUCAUCAAGGAGUAUUCUCCUCGCUCUUUCUGGUGGUAUCACCUGCUGUGCUGGUUAAUGGCUGCUGUGGGUAUAGUGUGCAUCUUGGUGGCCCAUGAGCACUACAGUGUGGAUGUGGUGGUGGCCUAUUUUAUCACCACCCGACUGUUCUACUGGUAUCACACUAUGGCCAAUUUGCAGACUUUAAAGUGUUCUCCGAACAACUACCUCACUCACACCUGGUGGAAUCCUGUGUUUAACUUCUUUGAGAGGAACGUUCAGACCCAAGUGCCCUGUUCUUUCUCCUGGCCAAUCACAUGGCCGCCUGCCUGCCUGAAGAAUCCCUGUAAGAAAUACUCCAUGGUGCAGAGUGACCGGGAAGAGUGAUUAUUAAUGCAGCUCAAUGUUUUGUAUAGUAUUUUGCUCAUGGCUAUCUAAAUGUUUAUCAUACCAGAGAUCGAAGGCUGUAAUUGUUAGAUGUUGAGAAAUGUUAGAUGUCGAUUUGUGAAAUGGACACAUAACAAUGAGCCAAAGUAUUUGUAAUAAUCAUUUUGCAUUGCAUCUUUUAUAGUAAUUUAUUUACAGUCAAUGUGGCCACUUACAGAAACACAAGGUUUUGCAGUAAGUGGCCAAGUGAAAGUGGUAUGGUUAUAAAAUUGAUUUCUAUCUCUUUUUCUGUUUCUCUCACAAGAUAA